GUAGCUUUACUUACCCACUCUAGAUUUCCCCCAUGGGUUGUUUCGCUUUAGUUCAGGUUCUUACUGUGUGAAGUAAUUUGUCAGGCUGUUCUCAUGCACUGUUCAUAUAUUUUCCUACAAAAAGUAAUGCACCCAAAUUCGUACAUGUCCUAUGUAAUCAUGAUCCAGUAAUUUGUGUGUAACCCACUUACAUGGGAAGGCUGCGAUCACAUGAUUAAUGCGCUGACGGGAGAGAAGAACAAAGUGGUCUUUGAACUUUGAGUCAUUUUAAGUACAAAGCAGUGAUAAAACGGCAACAAACCUUUCCAGACAACAAAGAGAGAGCAUGGAUUCGUAACCGUGCAGACCUCUUACAGUCAUGAUGCUUGCCAGUUUCUUCUUCCUGCUCCUCACAGGUGGGGGCACCUCCAGUUACUCAGAGCAACCAGAGCUUUUUGAUGAUCUACAGAAGUCCAAUCAGAGCUUUGAGGAAGGUGCAAGUACCUUCAGUUACUCAGGACAACCAGCACUUCAACAGAACUUCAGUCAGAGCUCUGAGGAAGAUGAUGAGUCCUCCAAGAGGAGCUGCAGUUAUCGGGAUCUUUUAAAACACUUGAACCUGACAAAAAAUGAGUUGCACACCAUGACCCUGCCUGUUAGGAACCAUUCGUCCACCAUGCAAAUAGAACUGGCAGUACUUCUCUAUGCCAUUCUAGAUGUGAAAGAGAAGGACCAGAAGUUUGUUUCGUGCAUCCGCAUUUUUAUGUCAUGGAAAGAUGAAUACAUUCGCUGGGAUCCUCAGGACUUCUGUGGCAUUGAGAUGAUGUCUAUUUCUUCUGAACUAAUAUGGAAGCCAGAUUUAAUUGUCAAAGAGAUGUCACAGGGGCAGCAGGCCAAGCAAAGCACCACAGACGUCCCUCUCACCAGCAACACUUUGCAGCUCCUCCUGGGGGACCCCAAGGCCUUCACAGGCCAGAUGAGAUAACUCCUCCAGCAUGUUCUGGGUCUGCCCUGGGGCCUCCUACCAGUUGGACAUGCCAGGAAACACCUCCAACGGAAGGCAUCCUGAUCAGAUGCCCAAACCACCUCAACUGACCCCUUUCGACGAAAAAGAGCAGCAGCUCUAAGCCGAGCUCCCUCCGGAUGUUUGAACUCCUCACCCUAUCUCUAAGGCUGAGCCCAGCCACCCCACGGAGGAAACUCAUUUCGAAUAGUAGUAUCAUUAAAACCGUAAUGAUACCCAUCCCUAUUGUUCAGUGCUUCAUCCCUACUUUAAGUAAAUACAGACAAUGAUUUAAUGUAUUCUAUCUGAUAACUGUUCAGGUAGAGUGUAUGAGUGUAUGUAGGUGUGUAUGUCUGUGUAUUGUUGUUAUUGAAAAAAUAUAUGCAGCAAAGUACAUUAAUAACAUUAUGUGAAAUUUAGUUUAAAGCAUACAUGUUUGUGCUCAUACAGGACAGAUCAGGGCAAGGCCCCUCCAAGUCCUUAUCUUAUCGUUCGGAAUAACAGUG